AUGCCUUACUUUCGCUCCAGCUACACCUUUAGCAUCGCAGGCAGCGUGCGCACCUUUCAUCAUCGCUGGUAUAUGGGUGGAAGAGUUUACGAAUGCGACGCUUGUAGCAGCUCGUGUGACAUACGCGCCUGCUACUCGCAACAUUGGCAGCCGGCACUGACUGCGUGCGCGCUCGAUAUUUCUGAUGACAUCAGUCGACCGCUUUGCAGCACAGAACAACGCGCGCAGCUGGCAAUAGUAGCCGCGCGGCGCAUCAACACUUUCAUACUUUGCAAUGAGCGCACAAGCAUAAGGAACCCCAGUGAAUUUUUGCUCGACGCCGGCAUCAAUGCCGUCCCCCAGCUGCUUCGGCUGCUCUUUCAUGGCGUCUCCCGACUACACGUACGCUUGGGCUUCCAUACGCGCGCCUACAAUGGCGCUGACUUGCUGUUUAACAGCAGCGAACUGGCGCUGGAGCAUCACUUAGACAUUGGCGAAUCUGUGGAUAUGUUGUUUCUCAUGUUGCUGGAGCGCAUAGAGGCGUAUAUGUAUGUGCGUUAUCCAACACGUGCCGCCGAAUAUUGCGUGAAGCGCAUAAAGAUUCACGUGCGUCGAGAGACGCUCACGAAAAGUGGAGAGUCAGCAUCAACUUUAGCGACGGACGCCACACUACCGCUACAGUACCGCAUAAAACAUGCUACAGCAAUGCCUAGAGACGCGCUUAGCGUUGAAGCAACAGCGACUGCUAAUAUUUACUGCUUUCGCGUAUGCGCGCGCACACAAGAACUGUACGCGGUGCCUUAUCAGCUAGGCAAGUGUCGUAUCAACGGCGGCGGUGGCGAGAAAGACGAAUCGAAUAUUUUGAGGUGGCCGUGGGACACAGAAGGCUGCGGCUCUCACUAUAUUAUGCUGCAGAGUGUGGAGGGCAAGUUGCAGCAGCUUUUGGAGAUCACGAACUUGUAUCGCUUCCUGCGCACCGAAGCGGAUGACCGCGUUCAUAUGUGCACACGGUGUAGGGCGAAUUUUACGCAGCGCACAAGGUUGCAGCUACACAAAUCACUGGAUUGCGGGCGCGGUUUCGAGGUACUUCAUUUGGAUAGCAACUAUUUGGAGAUUUACGAGAGUUGCCUGCAAAUGCGCUGCGCCAACUACAAAUGGCCGCUGUACGGUAUAAUACAGUGA